AUGCCUCUAUCUUCAACCCCGAAGAGCCUCCUCACCACCUGUGUCCUCAUCACCUUGGUUUUCAGCUCUGUCGUGUCACUGGGGGAUAAUCAAACAUUUGGGUACAAGCGCCAGUGCUGCCAAGAUGAGCUGUGUAACCAAGGGGAAUUACAAGUGCCUCAGAAAUCCCCAAACCCCAAUGGCAUUAAAUGUCCUGCAUGCGUCAAUGUGAAUGACCUUUCCUGUGAACCAGUUUUACUCACCUGUACUGGUGCAGAGACAAAAUGUGUCAGCAUUAUUGCCCAAGACCAGUGUGUUAAACCUUGGAGCAACCAUGAGAUUAGGAGUUUCCUACAAGAAUGGGAACUCCUUGAAAGUGAAGAGUUAAAGAAGAAUUAUCACAUAGCAUCAAGAAUAAUUGCCAGGAAUCUCAAGCAAAGGGGCAUAAAUAAGAGCAGGAGAAAAUGUCUCCAGAUGCUAAUAAACAUGCGGGACUUAUAUUGGACCGUCCAUGAAGCCAACCAGAGACCAAGGAGUGAACCCUUGCCAUGUCCUUAUGGAGAAGACCUUCACAGGAUCCUAGAACACAGAAGGGAGAACAAGGACUUCUCAGGUUCUCCCUGUGCAGAAGUGGCUGAUGUCCCACCACCUGAGUACCAGCUCCCUGCAUGUGCCAUCCCUGAUUGCUUUGAGGAGCUGCUGUGGGCUCCCCUACAUAUGAUCUACAUAGAGGAUCCUCAGGUACCCAGAUGGGAGCCCUGGAACAUGAACCUUCCACAAUAG